AUGUUCAAGAUUCUCGCCCUGAUUGCCUGUCUGGCUAUUGUUGCCUCGGCCCAGUACCAUGGAGAACCCGAGCACAAGGAACACUACGCACACCCGAAGUACAAGUUCGAGUAUGGCGUCAAGGAUCCUCAUACUGGUGACCACAAGAGCCAGUGGGAAGUACGUGACGGCGAUGUCGUCAAGGGAGCCUACACCCUGCACGAGGCCGACGGAACCGAGCGUGUGGUCGAGUACAAGUCGGACGGUCACAACGGAUUCGAGGCUGAGGUGAAGAAGGUCGGACAUGCCCAUCACCCGCAGGGUGCGAGCUAUGUCAAUGUUGAUAAGCAUUACUAA